AUGUCGUUCUCCAGAGCGGAAUUCCUAGGGUCCCGCGUGCCGGACACGCCCUCAUCCCCGGGGACUUCCCCGCGGUCCCCAGGCGCCGCCCCUCUGCCCGUCCCCGCCCCGCGCAGGCUUCGGCACGCGGACNUGCCCGCGGUCCUGCUGCUGGCGCUGGCGUUGUCCCCGCACGGGACUCAGGGGAGGCCCCGGGGGCGCAGGGGAGAGCGCGUGGCGGAUGAGAAGCCGAAGCCGCUGCUCUUCCUCCCCGCGGCCUGGGCCGGCCCGGCUCCCGGCUCCUCCCGGAGCGCAGAAAUAUUCCCAAGAGAUUUGAACUUAAAAGACAAAUUCAUAAAGCAUUUCACCGGGCCAGUCACAUUUUCAGCUGAAUGUAGCAAACAUUUCCAUCGACUCUAUUACAAUACCAGGGAUUGCUCAAUGCCAGCUUAUUACAAAAGAUGUGCUAGAUUGCUAACAAGAUUAGCAGUGAGUCCAGUGUGCUCACAGACUUAGAAAACCUACCCUAUGGGCAUUUCUUAAGAAUGCAAGUCUAAUUGAAGAAAAAAGUGCCUGGAAUCAGACUAAAUGUAAAAAGAGAUGAAGCAUCUCGUUUUGUGGAUAUUAACAUGAGUAAUAUAAAAGACUUCCCCAAAAUAACUGAUUAGC